GAAGCAAGCAUGAAUUGAUUUUAUAUGUACAACGAUUACAAAGAUUGAGGAGAGAGAGAAAUAUAUAUACAUACAGAAAUAUAUAUACAAGAGAGAGAAACAUGUUGGUAGUGGAGGAAAACAGUUGUGAGGCUCUGCCACUUCUCUCUUUGAAUCAUGUGUCAUUGUUGGUGAGAUCAGUUUGGGCUUCUGUGAGAUUCUAUGAAGAUGUGUUGGGCUUCUUUCUUAUCAAACGUCCUUCCUCUUUCAAUUUCCAUGGAGCUUGGUUAUACAAUUAUGGCAUUGGGAUACACUUGCUUGAGAACGAGUCCAUUGAUGAGUAUGAUUCCAUCAAUGAAACCCGACCCAUCAAUCCCAAGGAUAACCACAUAUCCUUUCAAUGCACUGACGUUGAGCUUGUAAAGAAGAGGUUGGAGGAGCUGGGAAUCAAGUAUGAGACAGCUUUGGUGGAGGAAGAUGGGAUUGAAGUGGACCAAGUGUUCUUCCAUGAUCCGGAUGGUUACAUGAUUGAGAUCUGCAACUGUGACAACAUUCCCAUCCUCCCCAUCUCUGCAUGCUCCUUCAAGCCCAGGUAUGGAAGCAGCUUCUUCAGGAACAUUCCGGCAGCGCCGAAAUGUGGAUUAAUGGAGAUUGUGAUGAUGGAGACCUUGAGCAUGGACAUGAUGAACUUCUCUUUCUAAAGUACUUGUCAAAAUGGCGAAAUUUAUCUUCUGCUUUCAAUUGGCUUGAGCAUAUGGAUAUGGUGGACUUUUCUUUCUGAAGUUGUGAAAAAUGGUGAAAUCUUCUACUUUCAAUUGUUAAUCACAAUGUAAUAAAAUAUUAUGAUUCUAUGUAUAUGUGUGUGUGU